AUGUUGCACUUUGUAUUUCGACUUUUUCUUCUCUUUGCUGUUCUCGCUGCUGUGCAGAGUUGCGAUUGCAGCAAACUGAAACCAGGUCAAUGCUGCGCCAAUCUUGGUGGACAACGGUGCUGCCAUUUCCGAAAGAGGAGAUCCGUAGAUUCCGUAGAUUCCGCAGAUUCCUAUGAGACAGAGUUCGAUCGUCGGCGUUAG